AUGGCCGGUCAUGCUUCUAAAUCUGGAAAAUCUAGCAAAUAUUCGAUCGGAAUUUAUGAAAACAGUCGUAAUUGGCUAGAUAUAAAAAUUACGGAUAAUAAUUUUAUCAAAUCAAAAUGGAGUCGUUCAUAUACUCCAAUAAAAAUAAUUACUAUUGUAACAUCUGAAGCGCGUUUAGUUGAAGACGCAAUGAGAAAAUUAGAUGCAAAACA